GGAGUGGGUCGCUGGCGGCGGCCAUGAUCUCCGCCCCCCUGCUGCGCCGCUGCUGCCGCCUGCUGUCCCGCCGGGCCGGAGCGAACCGAGCCGCCUGGACUCGCAGGACUGUGUUUCUGAGAGGGGGCCCAGCCAUGGCCACAGGAGGGAAAAGCAGCCGAUCUAGCAUCCAUCGUUACACCAACCGUCUGAUUAACGAGAAGUCUCCCUACCUCCUCCAGCAUGCCCACAAUCCGGUGGACUGGUACCCAUGGGGCCAGGAAGCCUUUGAUAAAGCAAAGAAAGAAAACAAGCUGAUAUUUCUGUCAGUCGGCUAUUCCACCUGCCACUGGUGCCACGUGAUGGAGCAGGAGUCCUUCAAGAACAAAGCGAUCGGCAAGAUUCUGAACGACAACUUUGUGUGCAUAAAAGUGGAUCGUGAGGAGAGGCCAGAUGUGGAUAAAGUUUACAUGACCUUUGUGCAGGCUACCAGCAGUGGAGGAGGCUGGCCAAUGAGUGUGUGGCUGACUCCUGACCUCAAACCCUUCAUAGGUGGGACGUAUUUCCCUCCCGAAGAUGGAAUUUACCAAGUUGGCUUUCGAACUGUGCUGCUCCGAAUUGCCGAUCAGUGGAAGCGGAACAAAAAUGCCCUUUUGGAGAAUAGCCAGAGGAUUAUGUCAGCGCUGCUGGCCAGGGCUGAGAUCAGCAUCAAAGGGGAAGAUUCACCCCCACCUUUUCCAGAGGUGAUGGCCAGGUGUUUCCAGCAGCUGUCUGAAUCAUAUGAUGAGGAAUACGGUGGCUUUUCAGAGUUUCCAAAGUUCCCCACGCCAGUCAAUUUAAAUUUCCUGUUCACAUACUGGGCCCUACACCGGGCAUCACCUGAUGGUGCACGGGCCUUGCAGAUGGCGCUGCACACUCUCAAGAUGAUGGCCUAUGGUGGGAUUCAUGAUCACAUUGCUCAGGGAUUCCACCGCUACUCCACCGACCAGAGAUGGCACGUUCCUCACUUUGAGAAGAUGCUGUAUGAUCAGGGGCAGCUAGCCGUGGCCUAUGCCAGGGCGUUUCAGAUUUCUGGCGAUGACUUCUUUGCAGAUGUUGCUGCAGACGUUCUGCUCUACGUCUCCCGAGAUCUGAGCGACAGGGCUGGAGGAUUCUACAGCGCAGAGGACGCAGACUCCUAUCCGACAGCCAAGUCCAAAGAAAAGCGGGAGGGGGCGUUCUGCGUGUGGACGGCAGAGGAAAUACGGCGCCUCCUUCCAGAGCCUGUGGAGGGGGCUUCAGAGAGGAAGACUCUGGCAGAUGUGUUCAUGCAUCACUAUGGGGUGAAGGAAGGUGGGAACGUGAGCCCAGCGAAGGACCCGCACAAGGAGCUGAGGGGGCAGAACGUGCUGAUUGUGCAGUAUUCCCUGGAGCUGACGGCAGCCAGGUUCGGGCUGGGCCUGGAACAGCUCAAGACGAUGCUGGCGAAGAGCAGAGAGCGUCUCUGCGAAGCCCGGGGUCACCGACCGCUCCCACAUCUGGACACCAAGAUGCUGGCGUCCUGGAACGGCCUGAUGAUCUCGGGCUUCGCUCAGAGCGGGAUGAUCCUCGGCAAGGAGGAGUACGUCAGCCGGGCCGGGCGGGCAGCUGACUUCCUGCGAGGCCACCUGUUCGACGUCUGCAGCGGUAGGCUGCUGCGGAGCUGCUACCGGGGCAAAGGCAGCUCGGUGGAGCAGAGCGCUGUUCCCAUUCAGGGCUUCCUGGAGGAUUAUGUCUUUGUGAUCCAGGCGCUCUUUGACCUUUACGAGGCCUCGCUGAACCAGGGCUGGCUGGAGUGGGCCGUGCAGCUCCAGCGCAAACAAGACGAGCUCUUCUGGGACUCCAAAGGCUUUGCGUAUUUCUCCAGUGAGGCUGGGGACUCCUCUCUGCUCCUCCGCUUGAAGGAUGAUCAAGAUGGCGUGGAGCCCAGUGCCAACUCCGUAGCCGUUGCUAACCUGCUCAGGGCAGCCUGUUACUCCGGCAACAUGGAGUGGGUGGAGAAAGCCGGGCAGAUCCUGGCUGCCUUCUCGGAGAGGCUGCUGAAGUUCCCCGUGGCCCUGCCAGAGAUGGCCCGAGCCACCGUGGCCUUUCACCGCACUCUCAAACAGGUUGUUAUCUGCGGCGCCCCAGAAGGAGAAGAUACUAAAGAUCUGCUCCGCUGUGUCCACUCCGUCUUCACUCCAAACAAGGUGCUGAUGCUGGCGGACGGGGACAGCACUGGAUUCCUGUACCACCACUUGCCCUUCCUCUCCUCCCUGGAGAGGAAAGACGGAAAAGCCACUGCUUAUCUCUGUGAAAACUUUGCCUGCUCCCUGCCCGUCACCUCCUCCCAGGAGCUGCGCAGGCUGCUGCUGCUAUGAGCUGUCACCCCGUGGCCUCGCCAUGCACCCUGCUGUCUCCGCGAAGGUGAAAGAAAAUAGACUAACGAGAAAGCCGCGGUGACUGUGCACGGACACAGCGCAGAACUCUGCAAUAAAAUCACCUUUUGCCCAAGCCGCCUGCCGGAUUGUUCUUAGUGAAACUGACAAGCAGUCUCAGCCAUCCAUCCCUGCUGGCUCCCCGGCACGCACCCGUGAGCAGCUCUGUCUUCGGAGAUGGUUUUAGCCCUUGGGUUUCUGUUGUAGCAGUGUCCUUUCUCCUCCUCAUCAGGAAGACUCACACACCACGGUUCUCAAGAGCACUGCCCUUUGGGGGCAGAUUAUGUUCCCAGCCUUCAAAUUCCCAGGGACAGGUGCAGUCAGUUCUAAUCUGAACCAUGCAGUUGAGUCACAUAUGAAGAGUCCACAUGCAGUGGAAUCUAAUCAUAACAGUGUCCAAUCAGAUCGCUCCUUUUCUUAUUAGGUUUUGCAGCACCCCGGGAGGUGGCAUUGUCCCUGUUUAUGGAAACUGAGGCACUGCGAGAUUCAUCUGCCCAGGUUACAUAGGAAGAGCCAGGAAUUGAACCCAGGAGUCCUGACUUCCCAUCCCCCUACUUCAAUGUUUCUCAACUGAUGGAUUGCGAUCCCUGGGAGUGGAGUGGGUGUUGUGUAAGGCAAUCCAGGGUGCUGGAAGGAGGCACUGGAAACUUUAUUACAAAUGAAAACAAAGAAAGUCUCACUCCCUGCACAGCCUCCCCUUUCAAUGUCAAGGAUUCUCUGUCAGCCUCUCCAAACACACACGCACAAAUCAAUUAAACAGGCUUAUUAGCACUAGUAGCAUGAAUACCUUUUUACUCAUACUUUGAUUGUAAAUGCAAGGACGGUCCCAACAAUUUUUUACUUUAAAUAAGGAUCUGCCCACUGAAAAGGCUGCGAAGCAGUGCCCUCCUCUAGCCAGUGUCAAAGGCAAUGCAGAGGAGUGUCUAGCUGUGAACAGUCAUGUGCAGCAGUGGCUAAUUCCAGUGAGCCACAGGCAGUGUGGUCUAAUUCAGGGCUCCCUAAACUUUUUUCCCUGUGGCCCCCUGUGCAGCUGCAAUAGACACUGCGGCCUGCUAUUAACAACUAGGGUCAUUAGUAAUUGUAAUUAUUACAUACAACUAAAUAAAGAAUUCCCAUGUUUCCUUUUCAUUUUAAUGUACACAGUUGUAAAGCUAGAAAUCCCUAGCAAUAUGUACGCGAGGACAAGCUUGAAGGUCUUUGAAACCAAACAGUUCUAGUAAAGCUACACUUUAAAAAAACAUAUUGAGAGCAAAAUGUGGUGUUGAAAGAGGGCAAACAAUGUGGAACUGUACCAUGUGGAAAACUGAACAAUAAGCAACACAACCAUGUUAACAGAAUUGUUAAAAAACAGUUUUGUUGAUUUUUAAACUUUGAACCCUAUAUUGUGUUUUCAAUAUUUUUUAGUGUAAAAUCUGAUUUUAGUGUUGUAUAAGUAAAGACUGAACCGGACUCUCCUCUAAUUAGGAAAAAAAUCAAAUAUUGUACAUAAAAAUGUAAAAUAACAGUUCUAUAACACACCAAGGUAACAGGUACUCAACCUGUCCGGUAAAAGAGAAUCCAAUCUUC